UUUCGACUCGACAAUCUCGUCAUCUCGGCGCAGCGCUACUUCAUCUGCUUCCCGAGACAUAUAUCUAUUCAAAUCGCUUAUAUCACAGUAAUUCCUGAUUCCUUGUUUGCACGACAUGGCCGCCGCCCUCCCACCCCAAGCCCAGCAAGCUUCGAAUGCAGCUCUCGCCGCCGCGGUGGCUGAGAACGAGAAAGCCGAUGCUUCAUACGAGGAUGGAGAAGUUCAGGAGAUUGAAGUGAAUAUGGAGACACAGGCGGACCAGAUUCGAACUGUCUUCAAUGAUCCUACCAAUUUUAAUGUCAAGCAUCCUCUGUACUCCCCAUGGACACUCUGGUUUGACUCACCGGCUACGAAGGGCCGGAACUUGCCACAAACACCCAGUCUCUCCGCCUUCCCGUCCACGCCCCACCCUGCUACUCCCGGAGCUGCGAUGGGGUGGAUGGAGGACAUAAAGCGCGUUAUCAGCUUUGACUCCGUCGAGGAGUUCUGGGGGUUGUACAACAACAUUGUUCCACCCUCCCAGCUUCCUCAAAAAGCCAACUACUACCUCUUCAAAGAUGGCAUUAUUCCUGCGUGGGAGGAUGAUGCGAACAAGAACGGUGGGAAAUGGUCCAUACAGCUGCCGAAGGACAAGAAUCGGCCCAACGUCGACAAGAUGUGGCUCUACACCAUGCUGGCCGCCAUCGGCGAGACCUUCGAUCCCCUCCUCUCUUCCAGCGCCUCCUCCUCCUCCGCUUACCCCGACUCUCUUGUGACCGGCGUCAUCGUCUCCACACGUCCACAGUUCUACCGUAUCUCCAUCUGGACCAGAUCCGCUCCGCAAAACCCGCAGGGCGAGCCAUCAAGCCCUGAAGAUGCGGAGCUGCGGGAGCGCAUUGAGACGAUGGGCAAACACUUCAAGACCAGCGUUCUGGGAUACUCCUCGGAUGCCAAGUUGGCCGGUCCAUUGGCAACGGAGGUCGAGUUCCUCAGCCACAAGGAUAGCGAGAAGAAGGGCAAGGCGAAAAAGAUCAUCGUAUGAUCUGGUGGGACGGGAUGGAUUCAUCUAUUGCUCUUGUUAGAGGGCUAUCACUUUUCUUGUUGUCCGCGUAGUCUCCGUUCGGAGCGUCUGAUGCCCGUAUGCAAAUCGAACGUGAGCGCGGAUCAUGUACCGAUUGCUGGACCGUUCUGCAAGGAAGUAGAUCCAUACACGAUAUUCAAG